ACGGGACAAUAAGGGGUGGGACAAAACUGUAUUUAAAAUCUCUAAUCUCUCCUUUUGAUCAGAAACAUAGGCAAUAACAAAAAUGUUCAAACAAAAUGGGUGAGGACGUACAGUGACUUGUGAGCACUUGUGAAGUUCUGGGAGCGGAAGAAGUCUGGUCGGGUCCCAAAUCGACGACGAUGGUUCGUGGCUUCGGUUUAUCAGGCAGAUUGGAACUGAGAUGAGAUAGGCUGCGAGUCACUGCGUCGCCAUACAGGGACACAGCUGGCGGAGAUCUUUAUUUCCCCCUCUUCCGCAUUUUAUAACCCACUUGCUGUCAGACGAGGUAAACAGUUUUAACUUUUAAUGUUUGAAGCAAAGAGGAAAAACUUCGGGCGACGUUUUCCUACAAACGGAGGUCGGUCGUGGCCGAAGCAGGAGACGAUGUAAUCUCUCUCUGUCUCCCUCUCUCUGGAUGAAACAUCUGUUUAAGCGAAAGGUAAAACUAUUUAUUCCACACUGGAAAUGGAGCCAGUUUUCUUCUAAAGGUUUCCUGAAACACUGUCAGCGAAGGAACCAUUCAAGUCCACUUGGAUAUGCGGCGCUUGCAUAAGUCAAGUUAAAAGGCGAGCGGAAAACAGAGAGAUGGAAGGCUCUGCUCUCUUCACAGUAGUGCUAGUUGGAGGGUUUCUGUGGAUCUCUGCUGGCCAUGCAGACACCGAUGAAGAAGGGAAGCUGCUGUGUACAUGUGAGAAUGCCAAAGGCACAUGCAUAAAUGGAACCUGCAGAGGAGACAUCUGUUUCUACUCCUGGGAGAAUGGCAAUGAGGAGAGGGGCUGUUUCCCUCGUAGCCUCUACUUGGAGCAGUGCUACGCCUCCGUCACGGGCCUCUUUAUUCGUUGCUGCAAAGAGAACCAGUGCAACACCGACACCACAGUCCCUCCAGAUAUUACUGGGGAAAGGACAACAAAAACCCCAGAUAUGCCUCACCUGGAGCUGUGGAUCACCGUGCCUUUGCUGCUGUUGAUCAUAACAGCAAGCGUGUGUGGCCUGUUGCUGUUCCUGCACUCCCGACGUGCACACUGCAGAGUGAGAAAAGAUGAAGACCAUGAUGUCACCAUGCUCAAGGUCUCUCAUGGAGAUGACUCCACAUAUGGUAAUAUCCUUGAUGAGUUUUGUACAUCAGGGAGUGGGACAGGGCUGCCCUAUCUGGUACAAAGGACUAUGGCAAGACAAAUUUCACUUGUCGAGUGUGUUGGUAAAGGCAGGUAUGGAGAGGUGUGGAGGGGGACGUGGAUGGGGGAGAGUGUGGCUGUGAAGAUCUUUUCAUCUAGGGAUGAGCAGUCCUGGUUCAGAGAGACAGAGAUCUACAACACUGUCCAGUUGCGACAUGACAACAUACUGGGUUUUAUAGCCUCUGACAUGACAUCCAAGAAUUCCAGCACCCAGCUGUGGCUUGUCACCCACUUUCAUGAGCUGGGUUCUCUCUACGACUUCCUGCAGCACAGCAGCUUGGAGCCAGAGAGCUGUCUGAGGAUGUGUCUCUCUGUGGCCUGUGGUCUGGUCCACCUCCACACUGAGAUUGUCAGCUCCCAGGAAAAGCCAGCUAUUUCCCACCGAGACCUGAAAAGCCGAAACAUCCUGGUAAAGCGGAACGGACAGUGCUGCAUCGCUGAUCUUGGUUUGGCUGUAAUACACUCUCAGUCCCAUGACUAUCUCGAUGUGGGAAACAAUCCUCGUGUGGGCACCAAGCGCUACAUGGCCCCUGAGGUGCUGGAUGAGACUAUUCGUAAGGACAUCUUUGAGUCUUACAAACAAACUGACAUCUGGGCCCUGGGCCUGGUCUUCUGGGAGAUUACCCGCAGGACCAUGGUCAAUGGGAUUGUGGAAGAGUACCGUCCUCCCUUCUUUGACCUAGUGCCAUCAGAUCCCAGCUUUGAGGAGAUGAAGAAGGUGGUGUGUGUAGACCAGCAGAGGCCCAGUCUGCACAACCGGCUUCAUUCUCAUCCAAUCCUGUCAGCCAUUAUAAAGAUCAUGAAGGAGUGUUGGUACCAGAGCCCAUCAGCCCGCCUCACAGCCCUGCGGGUGAAGAAGACGCUCUCCAAACUGGACCAUGACAGUGACUUCAGCACUGAGAAACUCAAGAGGGAUAUCUAGACCUCAGAGUACCAAGAUGAAACAGGGACACACAACUGAAAAAACUAGAAGGGAUCUUGCACCACACUCUGAACAGCAGGAGGUGCAUAUCAUUAGCAUAGUUUGAGCUAAUGACUAGAUCGCUGCAUUUUAUUGAAAUCAUAUGACUUUAAGCAGUAGUGUCUAGACUGUCUUGUACCCAGGGCUAUGUUUUUUGUGCAGCCUAAUUUUCAUCUGCCAUAUUUCUGGUGCCUCAAACCAAGAAGCCCAAAAAGGAACAAUUUUUAAUCAAGGUAUUUUAAUUUUUCUUAUGUUCAACUAAUAAAGUGUAAAUCAGACACUUCCUCACUUCCACAUUUUUAUACUCACGGGGUUUUAAUCAUUUCCUAAAUCUCCCAUUGCCAUGACAGAAUGGAUAAUCUAGCAUAGCACAAUUAUUCAUCCUCUUAUAAAUAUCUUAUCUGAUAUAUAGUAAAAAUAUACAUAUAGGUUUCACACAAUGACCUAAUCCAUGGAAAACCACAGAGCGCAUAAAGACAUUUGUUGCCUUUUACUGUGAAUACAAGAAACAUGUAAUAACAUGAUCAAACAAGGCACAUUACCUGUUCUAUACGUAUACAGUACUUAACUUAUAUAAAUUGGUUAUUUAGUAUCUGAACAUAGACACAUUGAGUUAUUUAGUUGUACAUAUUCUGACAGCACUGAAGCUAUUUUCUUGUAUCACCAUAGGGUAUACUGUAAAUAUAUUUCAAACAGGGUAUAACAAUAAGACACACUUUAUAUACUUUUGUAUGGCACAACUUUUUACAAACCUUUUUAUGCCUAAAAGUACCCCCACUGUCACUAUGGUCCGUAAAGCAAUUCACAGGUAUGUAAUAUUGUACAUGUUGAAUAAAGGACUAUUUUUAAAAUGUUGG